CAGAUCUGACGCUUGCUUGCUUCACACAACCAACUACUGACAUUUCUUUCGAUCCAUCUCCACAAAAUGGCGACAGUGUCCCCUCUUGCCAAAUACAAGGUCGUCUUCUUGGGUGAUCAAUCGGUUGGCAAAACCAGUAUCAUCACACGCUUUAUGUACGACAAAUUCGACACAACAUAUCAGGCUACUAUUGGAAUUGACUUCUUGUCAAAAACGAUGUACCUUGAAGACAGAACAGUUCGGUUGCAGCUUUGGGAUACUGCAGGACAAGAACGAUUUCGAAGUCUCAUUCCAAGCUACAUUAGAGAUUCUUCCGUGGCAGUUGUUGUAUAUGAUGUAGCUAACAGGCAAUCGUUUCUCAAUACUAAUAAGUGGAUUGAGGAGGUACGUACAGAAAGGGGCAGUGAUGUUAUUAUCGUCUUGGUUGGGAAUAAAACCGAUCUCGUUGAUAAAAGGCAAGUCUCAAUAGAGGAAGGGGAUGCUAAGUCUCGUGAAUGUGGAGUCAUGUUUAUAGAAACUAGUGCUAAAGCGGGCUUCAAUAUUAAGCCUUUGUUUCGAAAAAUUGCGGCUGCCUUGCCAGGGAUGGAAACUCUUCUUUCUCCAAAACAGGAAGACAUGGUUGAUGUAAAUCUAAAGCCCACCGUCAAUUCGUCCAAUACAGAGCAGCAAGGAGGAGGUUGUGCAUGCUAGAUAACGGUUAAUUUACGAGCAGCUAAAUGUGUCUUUAUAGACACCUCUGGAAUUGGCUCCUUUGGUAAGCGAUAUCCUACAAACCUUGCUUUCAUACGAAUGCUUCUUCAGGUUACACACGUGGGGGGAAACCGCUGCUGUAAUGUUUGAUGUAAGAUACAAAGUUCCGUAGUCACUCUUUUUU